AUGUCGUGCGAGCCUUCGGCCGACUGGGCGGGCCUUACGCUUCCAGUCCUGCAGCAAAUUCUGUCGCUGGGCGGCAGGCGGCCCCUGCAGCUGAAGGCAUUCCUCAGGGAGGGCAGCACGGAAUACCGGGAUGCCACAGCCGCUCAGACGGACCUGCUCAACCGUAGCCUGGUCUGCCGGCGGUGGCGGGAGGCGGUGGGCGCCCUGUUGCAAGACGCCACAUGGGCGGUGACCAUUCAGCGAAGCUCCACUUACAGUAGGGUCCUAGCAUCGUGGGCAGCCCAGAAUCAAGCGCCUGCUGCCGCCCCGCCUGACGCCACCCGCCUGUGGGAGCGGGUGCACCGCCUGGCGGUUGAGCAGCUGGAUGUGCGGCUGAUGGCUUGGGCAGUGACACCCGGAAGCUUGGACAACACAGCAGCGCUGCUGCGCGACGGUGCCUUCCUGCGCCGCUCGGCGCCCGUGCUGCAGCAGGCGUUCGGCAUCCCGGAGCGCCUGGUCGCCAACCUGGCGCCCUACGCCCGCCUGGAGCGCGUGGGCCUGUGCGAGGAUUACCUCAGCACCAACGCCAAGCCGCACGGCAGGCCCAUGCAGCUGGCGGCGCUGGCAGGGCUGCGGCGGCUGACCUUUCUGCAGCUGGAGCUGGGCAUCGUGGAGCUGGCUGCGGUGCCGCCCCAGGUGACGGAGCUGGCGCUGGUGGAGGCGGACCGCAUCCAGCUGCCGCCCGCGCCCGGCGCCGCCGUCACCGACCGCCUGCUGGCGGCGGCCGAGGCCCAGGGCCUGGCGCGCCUCAGCCUCCAGGCCGGCUCCGGCAGCGUCGUGUUUGAGGAGGCCGACCACGCCCCGCUGGAGCUGGAGCUGUCGCAUGUGGCCCGCCUGCUGGCAGAGCACAGCGGCGGCGGCGGCGGCGGCGGCGGCGCCUGCUGGCGAGUGGAGCUGGGCAUGCGAAGGGACGAUGUGGUGCGGGGGCUGGGCAGCCCCAGGCUGGAGCUGACUCGCAUCGCCAGCUAG